GUGCCGUUCUGCUGGGGCCUGACAGCGACAUGCGCAGCACACUGACAGGCCCCACGGCCGCGCCCAAUAGCCUAGAAUCCAUUCCGGUGCGCGCCUUAGUUGCAUUAGGUCACUCACUCCCGUCACAGCCUGCCUACCUUCCACUUUCACUGCGCAAACGGAUCGCCCGUGUUGCUCUGGUUCUUCUUUGAACUUCCACUCUCUUUCUCUGUCACACAUCUUUUCCGAAUCAACCAUCGCCAGACAAAAGUACUAAGAAACAAUGGCGGUUGCUCAGGUGCCCCGCAACUUCAAGCUUCUCGCCGAGCUCGAGAAGGGCGAGAAGGGAAUGGGCGCAGGUGCCUGCUCCUACGGCCUCGAAGACCCCGAGGACAUCCUCAUGACCCACUGGACUGGUACCAUCUGGGGCCCCCCGCACGGCAACCACGAGAACCGCAUCUACGAACUCAAGAUGGAGUGCGGCGCCAACUACCCCAAAGAGCCUCCCGUCAUCCACUUUGUGAGCCAGAUCAACCUUCCCGGUGUCAGCCAAACCGACGGCCGCGUCGACCCCAACUACGUCGGCAUCCUGCGCGACUGGACUCGCAUCUCCGCCGAGCUAUCGAGAAACCCCCGCCCGAAAGAGGAUCCCUUGAGCCUCGAGGCUGCUCUUAUCGCCAUCAGAAAGUACAUGGAAGAGCACAAGAAGCUCCCGCAGCCUCCCGAGGGCUCCAAGUACCCCAUGUACAAGUAAACAUCUACCGGUACCGGAUAGAAGCAACAGGUUCUUAAUACAUUUUGGCGGAUGUUCAUAUCAUGUUCUGGUGUUUGGGGUUUUGUUAUGGGAGCUAGGGAAGCAUUGUACAAUUCGUAUGCAAACCAAAGUUAUGACGCUUUACCACAGCGGUGACCAUCGUCUCGACGACCAUGCGAAUCGUUUAACGAGGCCGUAACAUGCUGAAUGUGUCUUGGCGGUUUCCACGUACAUACAAUGGCGCUACAACAGUUGGCAAAUAGGUACAGCCCACAGACUUUGGAAGCGUAGAGAACCAUCAUGAUACACUUCCCAACAUCGCUAAAGCAGACGAGCAGGAUGAGAACUUUCUUUGUUCUUUCCAGUAAGAAAAUACGCAGCGCAACUUUACAAGUAGUGUUGGUACAUGUCAUGAG